UACAACUAACAGAGAAGUUUCUUGGUUGUGGCUUCCCUGGCUCCCGUUCAGGGCAACAGCACAGCAGUGAGCAGAGUCCUCCCCCCAUAUAUAAACAGCGACCUGCAGCAGAGAGCAGUAGACAAAGGGCAUCUCUGCAACUGUAUCUGGGCAUCACCAUGGCAAGCACCCUGAGGAGACUGGCUAACAGCGAGAAGUGCAGGGUCCUGCAGGAUAAACUGGAUGACUGGUACAAAGACUAUCACAUCAAUUCCUGCGACAGUAACUUGAAUAUGUGCUGCGAGCUUCUCGAGUUGAAUUCCAAAAUUCAGGGACAACUGUUUCAAAUUCUCAGUGUUACAGCUCGAGAAGGUGGUCAGUAUGCAGGUGUGGAAACUCUCAAGAGCCGUUUCUUGCCUUGGUUGGGAACCUGCUUUUCUGCAUCUUCUCCAGGAUCAUUUUCUGAGAGCAGUUUUGGUAUUUUAAAUGAAUCAAUGGACAGAAAAUUAUCCCCAAGCCAUGAAAGAGAAUUGAAUGAAGUAGAAUCCAAGCUGUCUUCUACACGAAUUGAACUGAACUCUGUCCAACAAGAAUUAUUAGAAACACAAAUGGACCUAGAAGACACCAAAACCAAAUCGGCAAAUACACUACUGGCAACUGAGGACGAGAUACUACAGCUCAGAGCAGAGCUGAGAGCUGCUAAAGAGAAGCUGGAGUUAAGAUCUCUUGAAUCCAUCGAUGACUAUGAACGGCAAAUACGCCUUUUGAAGGAUGAGGUCUCCAUUUUGUCAACUGAGAAUGGUAUCCUAAAAAGCAGAGUUUCAAGAAGCAGAUCUCCCAGCCCUAUUCGACAUUCCAGCAGAGCAUCUAGUCCAUUCGCCAGGAGUGAGUCCCCUACCUCUGCCAAACUCACCAAUUCCUCUCGCCAAGCCCGUCUGAUAUCUAGAUUUAAUGAUAUAUUUGCUAACGAUCGACUGGAUGCACAGACUCUCCUUAGACGUUACGUUGAGGAUCUGGAGAUGGUUCAGAGGAUUAUAUUUAUUGCCACAGUGGAAUCUUUCCAUGCUGCCAAGAUGGCCUUUAGGCAGUUUAGACUCAGAGUACGCAAAUCCCUAUCUCCUUCUCAUAUGGGACCUGAAUCGCUGGAAGAUGCUGUCAUUGACUACAUUGUCCGCAACCUAGAUCUGUAUGACGUCCAGUCCAGUGUUAAUGAGGUUAUCAAUACCAUGAAUGUCAAUCCUAAAAUUUCCUUUCCGCCUGAUGUUGACUUUAUUCUGAUCAGCGGAUUUAUCCGAGAGGUGUGCCGAGUUGCUUUUGCCAUGCAGACCCUAGAUCCCCCACUGGACAUAGCAUUUUCUGUUGAUGGAGAACUCUUUACUGAGAGCAAGUACCGUCGUACAUAUGAUUCCGAGCACACAGCCCCUCUGGUCUAUUAUCAUGUGUGGCCUGCUUUAGUGGAAAAUGACGAUGUCAUUGUUAAAGGAGAAGCAGUAACAAAAAGAGGAGCUCUGUGGAAUUCAGUAAGGAGCAGAAGCAGAAGUUCUAGCCCACUCCGAUCUCGCUCAGUUAGCCCAGGCCGCAACCUGACAUCUAGAAGCCGCAGUCCUUCCCCCAGAAGAAGUGGCACCCCAAGAUUCUAACAGUCUGGCAUCAUGUGUCAAAUCAUUUCAUCAGGGACCCAUCUACAACAGUGGUGCUUUUUUUUAUUUCCCAGUACCUCAGACUUACAGUACAAUAAUGUGAAUGGGAUAUUCAAAGACAAGUGUGCGCAUGCAGUGUGUAAAAGGGGAAAAUAGGAUCGUCCCUACAAACUUCCUACUGUGUUUGUAGUGUUUGUAAUACAGCAGUCAAAUGCUGCAGAAUUUGUUCAAGAAAACUAAAGCUAUCAGUACUAUUUCCAGAGUACUCGAAUACUCAUAAAUGAUUAAAUGAAUUCUGAAAAACAAGAUGAAUCAAGAUCAGAAACAUGAUUUCCUUUGUAUAACUAUAAUAUUCUACUUCCCAUAUAAUGUUGUGUUACUUAAAGGGGUUGUUCACCUUUAAAUUAACUUUUAGUAUGAGGUAGAGAAUGAUAUUCUGAGACAAUGUGCUCUUGGGUUCCAUUUUUUAUUACUUGUGGUUUUUGAGUCAUUUAGUUUUUUAUUCAUCAGUUUUAGCAGUCUGGUUGCAAGGGUCAAAAGUACCCUAGCAACUAUGCAUUGUUUUGAAAAAGAGAACACAAUAGUAAUAGAAGAGGGCCUGAAUAGAAACAUGAGCAAUAUAAAUACUGUAUAUUGUAGAUUUUUGGAGCAUUUUUUU